AUGAAACAAACCGUGGUUUGGAGUGUGCUGGAAUACGUUUGCCGACUGCUGGGCGUCUCGACUGGAGCAGUGCUCCUUGGCGUGGGCAUCGACGCCCUCCUGCACGGACAGCCGAAGAGCUUGGCCCUUUACCUCCUUGUUUCAGGAAUGGCAGUUUCUCUCUGGGAAGUGACCUACUUUGCCAGCCUCCUCCUGAUCUCCUGCUUCGUCCCCCGGAGGGGAUCCGCCAUGCACACUUGCUGGCUCCGAGCCAAACACCGGGGAGCUUUCCAGAAGUUCCUGGCGUAUGCCUUGCUCUCCAUCGCCUGCUUCCUCAGCCCUGUCCACGUCUGGCAGGUCGUGUUCCCAGGCACCCAGCUGAUCCUCACCAGUCUAGUCUAUUUCCUGCUGAGUAAGCAACAGAAAGAAGAUACAGGAAACGGACCACCAGAACAGAGCAGUGAUCCUCAUGAUGAAGCUGUGGAUGAAACGGCAGAAGACAGGAGCAGACAAACAUCCUCUUUCCACCGCAAAUUCGGUUCCCUUGCUGGCCGUCUGAGGAGCUUUUUCCAAGCUUGCCAAAGGCCAAAGGCUUUCGUGGCCUCAUCAUGCCUUGUGUCUAGGAGGAACCCGGUUGACUUGGAGGAACAGGUGGAGGAGAUGGCGCUGCCUCUCGGAGAAGAGCUGGAGGGCUUGGCCAAGGAAAGCACAUCUGAGACGGCCUUCAUCCUUUCUCCCCAGAUGUGA